CACCCCACAUACUGCUGGCAGACAAAAUAAGACAGGAUAGGACAAAGGGGUGCUGCAAGGAGCCUCUGUACAACCACUUCAUGCUUUUCUGAUGCAAAAUUCAGUGGGAUGGCGGAAAAAUUGCCCAGUAUGCCCUGGCUGGCCUGGGUUGGGGGGGGAGGGGAGGAGGGGGAGGAGGAGAAAGGCCGAGGGGCUGCCCAAGCACAACAGACUGAAAAAGUGGAAACAGUCCAGCCACUGCAGACAGAUCCACUUGGGGAACUGCCAGAGGAGGAGCACACCCAUGGACUCUUCUACAGAUGCACACAGAUGUUUUCAGACUUCCAUAAGACCACUGAUCAUGAAGACAAGACCACCAUGGUCCUUGGGGGCACGGCAACCUCCAGCUCCUGCAAAGCAGAGGAUUGUGCUGCCAUAGCAGAUAUUAUCAUGGGAAGUGGCAGCUCCCAUUUGAAUAAAGUGCCAACCAUUGUGAGGGACAUUCACCAACAGCUUAUGAAGAUCACAUAUAUGUCUCAAGAAGACAGGUUGAAGAAGACCCUUCAGGAGAUGACAGUUGCACAGCCCCAUGAUGUGGUGGUGACCCUUCUGCGCUGCGCCCCAUCGUGUGACAGAGCUGCUGUGACCAUGUGGAAGGCAAUCGUCUCCUCAAGCAGAGCUGCGGAGAAGGUGCUGCCGGAGCUGCUGUGCGUGCUGGAGGACUGGCCGCUGCACAGCACAUCCACCUCUGACAAGGACGACUCAGACAUCUUCUCCCUGGCUGCAACUGUAGCACUGUGGGAGAUCACCCAUCUGCCCAACCAUCCAGAGGCACUGAUGAUGUAUUUCCCCUGCUUCUUUGUGGCUCUGCUAUUCCAAAUCUUCUCCAGCACAGCGCAGAUGCCAGUAGAAGUCAAUACCUUCUGGAGGAGAUGCCAGCAGGAGCACUGCCUUCCCACCAACCCCAACAGAUUCAUAGUGCAGACCAUGAAAUCACUGCUCUGCCAUCUUGAGUAUGAGGAUGUGGUGUCUGAAGUUGAACAUGAGUGUGGCUGGGACACAUUCCUCAACAUUGACAAUCACCAGUAUGCAGUGGGUCUGCUGGCCAGAGCAAUGCUCAGGGUCUCACAGUGCUUGUGUUACCGGAUUGCACGCUACCUGUUCAGGCUGCUCCGCAGAGAGGAGGCUCGCUGGGAAGUCUCUGCCAUGGCAUUCUUUGUUGAGCUCCUGCCUUGCCUUAACAUAAAGGAAUGGGAUGAACGCAUCCUGCAACUUUUCCCAAUCUACCUCAGGAGAGAUUGCAGAGAGAUGCGUCUCCUGCUGCUCAGAUGCCUCUUAUUGCUCUGCAAGAGACCCUCUAUGGCCAACACUAUCCUGGCCUUGACUGAAAGCCUCACAGAGGUACUGAAGGAUAAGGACGGAGAGCUGGUGGACAUGACCCUUUCUGUGCUCAGUGAGGUGAUCCGGGACGCAGAUGUCUCAAUUGCCAGUUCCAUUGCUGUGCAGCUGGCUGAGGCACUCCUGCCACUAUUUGAGAAUGACACUAGCCAUGUGCAGCUCCUCUCCAUUCACCUCUUUCAAGUGCUAAUGGAGUUGGUAGAGGAAGACGGAAAAAAGCUCCUGGAGAAGAAUGUGCGCCAGAGCCUGUUCCUACUCUUCCGCCACUUGCAUGAUGAGAACCAGUGUGUGGCACAGGCUUUUUGGGAAACUCUGCUUCAAGCUAACAUGUUCCUGCAGGAGAGGAAGCUCGAGCAACUGUUGGAAAAGACAUGGAGUGUUGACAAGUGCCUGGUGCCAAGCAUUGUGAGGGACAUGUACCAAUGGCUCACAUUCAUAAUGGAUGUGUCUGCUGAGCACAGACUGGACAAGAGCCUUCAGGAGAUGAGCCUUGUACAGUCUCAUGAUGUGGUGGUGACCCUUCUGCGCUGUGCCCCAUCAUGUGACAGAGCUGCUGUGACCAUGUGGAAGGCAAUCGUCUCCUCAAGCAGAGCUGCGGAGAAGGUGCUGCCGGAGCUGCUGUGCGUGCUGGAGGACUGGCCGCUGCACAGCACAUCCACCUCUGACAAGGACGACUCAGACAUCUUCUCCCUGGCUGCAACUGUAGCACUGUGGGAGAUCACCCAUCUGCCCAACCAUCCAGAGGCACUGAUGAUGUAUUUCCCCUGCUUCUUUGUGGCUCUGCUAUUCCAAAUCUUCUCCAGCACAGCGCAGAUGCCAGUAGAUGUCAAUACCUUCUGGAGGAGAUGCCAGCAGGAGCACUGCCUUCCCACCAACCCCAACAGAUUCAUAGUGCAGACCAUGAAAUCACUGCUCUGCCAUCUUGAGUAUGAGGAUGUGGUGUCUGAAGUUGAACAUGAGUGUGGCUGGGACACAUUCCUCAACAUUGACAAUCACCAGUAUGCAGUGGGUCUGCUGGCCAGAGCAAUGCUCAGGGUCUCACAGUGCUUGUGUUACCGGAUUGCACGCUACCUGUUCAGGCUGCUCCGCAGAGAGGAGGCUCGCUGGGAAGUCUCUGCCAUGGCAUUCUUUGUUGAGCUUCUGCCUUGCCUAAACUUAGAUAAAUGGGAUGAACGCAUCCUGCAGCUUGUCCCAAUCUACCUCAGGAGAGAUUGCAGAGAGAUGCAUCUCCUGCUGCUCAGAUGCCUCCUACUGCUCUGCAAGAGACCCUCUAUGGCCAACUCAAUCCUGGCCCUGACUGAAAGCUUCACAGAGGUACUGAAGGAUCAGGACGGAGAGGUGGUGGGCAUGACCCUUUCUGUGCUCAGUGAGGUGAUCCGGGACGCAGAUGUCUCAAUUGUCAGUUCCAUUGCUGUGCAGCUGGCUGAGGCACUCCUGCCACUAUUUGAGAAUGACACUAGCCAUGUGCAGCUCCUCUCCAUUCACCUCUUUCAAGUGCUAAUGGAGUUGGUACCAGAAGAGGAGAAAAAGCUCCUGGAGAAGAAUGUGCACCAGAGCCUGUUGCCGCUCUUCUAUCACAUGUAUGAUGAGAACCAGUGUGUGGUGCAGGCCUCUUGGGAAACCCUGCUUCAAGCAACAAAGUUCCUGAAGAAGUGGAAUCUUGAGGAGCUGCUGAAGACAGAAGAGAUGUGGAGGUUCGGCGAGUGCCUGCUGGCAGAGGACAGAAGCAGAGCAGACGAGUACCUGCGCCAGUCCGUGUCAUACCUGCAUAGCCCACAGAAGGCCAUGCGAGAGGCAGCCAUCAGGCUCACUGCACGUCAAGGCACGACAAAUAACUUUAGCACCUCCAUCUCAAACCUCGCAACUCAAACCCUGCACUUUCUAAGAGCUGUAGAGAGACAUCCUUCCUUCAGAUUCAGGCUGCUGCAAAACCAGCUCCGCAUGGCGUGGAGGAGGCGGCCCUCUCUCUUGGACAAUGGCUGGCCUUCUGUCUGCUACAGUGGUCGGCCACACUGCUGGAGGUCUCUGCAGAGCUAAUCCUGGGAGCUCUGUCUGCUGGGGCCACCUGAGUGUGCAGGAAAUACUAGGUGGCUUCUGGCCUCUCCUGACCCACAGGACAACUCUUCUCUAAGACCAUUUUUCUUUAUGUCUUUUAAGGAAAGUUCUUUUAUGCAAAUAUCA